AGUCAAUGCGCAAUUUUGAUAGGGGGAAGAUGAGUUUGAGAGACGAGUGAUUAAGGAGAGAAUGACGGAAGCUUGCAUCCGAACCGCCGUAGACGCCAUACACUCCUCUCCAUAUCAAGCCGUUCUCUAUCUUGCUGGUGGAGCUUCUCAGGCUCUAGGUUUAUUGCUAUCUGUUCCCGGUGCUUCAAAUACUGUCCUCGAAGCUGUGGUUCCUUACUCUAGAAUGUCUUUGAUCCAGUUACUUGCCAAGAUUCCAUCCCAAUUUUGUAGUCAACAGACUGCUGAAGAUAUGGCUUUAUUGGCUUAUAAUCGCGCCCUUAAACUCUCCACUCCAGGAUCCCCGGUUGUUGGUGUGGGCUUCACUGGUUCUUUGGCGAGCAGUCGCCCAAAGCAUGGGGAACACAGAUUUUAUAUGUCAACAAGGACAGCUGACCGACUUUGGAUAUCAAGAGUGACCUUGACCAAGGGGCUUCGUACUCGAGAAGAAGAAGAUAGAGUUUCGAGUCAUCUUUUGCUCAAGGCUAUUGCAAAUGCAUGUAAGGUUCCUUUAAACGCUGUUCCGGGGAUGAGUGAAUCAGAUGUAUCUGAUGAAUGUGAAAAGCUAUUCAAUGAAGAUCAAGAGUUAGAACAACUUAUUAACGGUCAAAUAUGCUUCAAGAUUUAUCCAUUUAGAAGUGAGAUACCAGCACAAAGGAAAAUAAUACUGCCUGGUUCCUUCAAUCCCUUACAUGAUGGGCAUCUCAAGCUCAUGGAAGUAGCAACUCGCAUUUGUGGUGAUGGGUAUCCAUGCUUCGAAAUAUCUGCGGUCAAUGCAGACAAACCUCCAUUAUCAGUGUCUCAGAUUAAAGAUCGCGUCAAACAAUUUGAGAAAGCUGGACAGACAGUAAUUAUAUCAAAUCAGCCUUAUUUUUAUAAAAAGGCUGAACUUUUUCCGGGCAGUGCUUUUGUAAUUGGUGCUGACACAGCAGUGAGGCUUGUUAAUCCUAAAUACUAUGAUGGGGACUACAACAAGAUGCUGAAGAUACUUAUUGGUUGUAAAGAAACUGGAUGCACCUUCCUUGUGGCUGGUCGGAAUGUAGACGGUGUAUUUAAGGUUCUUGCGGAUUUGAAUGUUCCAGAGGAACUAAAUGACAUGUUCAUCUCCAUUCCAGCUGGACAGUUCCGCAUGGACAUAUCCUCUACCGAGAUAAGAAAAAAAAGCGGGAUGUAAAUAUUUUUAUGGAUGAAAUCACUUCCUUCCAUGGAGCACAAAUUUGCAUGAUAAAAGUCGCAAGCUCUGUCUUAUAGAAUUUGCAACAUUCACAAUUACAGGAGGUACAGUUUUCAGACCCAAGAUUUAUGUUUGUCGAACUAUCAUUUUCAUUGUUGUUUAUUAAAGAGGAGUCAUGUACGUGUCGGAGACAUCAAAUACUCAUGUACAAAUAUAAGGGUGUUCCCAUUCUUGAAUUUCAGUCAAUUAAGAUCACUGUAUUUUAAAGUCAA